GCUCGGGAGGAAUUCAGCCGAGCUUUGGUGGCUUGACCUGGUGCCAUAGCAGUCUAAGAGCAUUGCGCCAUGGGUAAGCAAAACAGUAAACUGCGGCCUGAGGUUCUGAGUGACUUGCGGGAGAACACAGAGUUCACAGAUCACGAGCUACAAGAGUGGUAUCGUGGCUUCCUGAAAGACUGCCCCUCAGGUCACCUGACCGUGGAUGAGUUCAAGAGAAUCUACGCCAACUUCUUCCCAUACGGAGAUGCGACCAAGUUUGCCGAGCAUGUUUUCCGCACCUUUGACACUAAUAGUGAUUGCACUAUUGACUUCCGGGAGUUCAUUAUUGCGCUGAGUGUAACAUCUCGUGGUACCCUGGAGCAGAAGCUCCGGUGGGCAUUCAGCAUGUACGACCUCGACGGGAAUGGAUAUAUCAGCCGAGCUGAGAUGCUGGAGAUUGUACAGGCGAUUUACAAAAUGGUGUCGUCAGUAAUGAAGAUGCCAGAGGAUGAGUCAACCCCAGAGAAACGAACAGAUAAAAUCUUCAAACAGAUGGAUACAGACAAUGAUGGUGAACUUUCCCUGGAAGAAUUCAUCAAAGGAGCCAAGAGUGACCCUUCUAUCGUAAGACUCCUGCAGUCUGACCAGGGCACCUCGCGCUAGUUUGGACCUGCAUCAUGACUCGAAUCCUAGCCAGACAGUGUUGCCAUUCAAACUUUGCCUUCAUCUGGAGGACAUUUCCCCCACAGAGUAAUUGCUUGUAAACUUGUGCAAGCGUUAUGUAAGACAGGGACGCAGCUGUACAACAUCUGUUUCGCACACCCAACCGCAUGAGAAAAAACAAAACAAAAAAAACCAAACAAACAAAAAAAAACCCCAGGUUACCAUAGUGCUGAUAUGAUUUCAAGAAGCCUGAAAUGAGUUGCGUCUUCUGUACAAGAAACCGAACACAUUUCCAAAUGUGUAAUCUUACAAAUCUCCUAUAAUAGUGUUUUGAUUUCACACAUUAUACCACUACAGUAUGC